UUGCAAGAGAGGGCGAUCCCUCUGCCCUAUAAAUACCUCAUCUCAGCCCCGAAGCUCCUUCGCAAUUUCUUCCAGCAGGCCGAAGCUAGGGUUAGGGUUUCCUUCUGAAGGCGGCGAUCUCUUUCGUUUUCGAUCUCUUUUUUUCGAUCUAAGAAAGUGGUGGCAACUCUACUCUUAGUUGUUGCACACUGCUAAAGUGGAGAGUGUGAAGAUUGAAGCUUCUUUUAUGUCUGCCGGAGAUUCUCUCUACUUGGGAACAAUUGGAUUACUUGGAGAAUAUUCUCCUACUUCAAGGAUAAGAUACAGACUCUCCUUUGAGAGUUUUAUGCAUCACAGGCCACUUCAGCAUUGUGCUUCUGGUUGCUGGUUUAUGCAACCUGCCCACGCCGAUAACAAGUUCGCAAAAGAGUACUUCACUCUUGAAUCUGCUGCAUCUUGCUUCUGAUUACGUCGUAUCCUCUCCCAACACUUGAGCAAGAUGGCUUUACAGAACAUUGGUGCUGCCAACAGCGAUGAUGCCUUCUAUAGGUAUAAGAUGCCCAAAAUGAUUACUAAAAUCGAAGGCCGUGGCAAUGGCAUCAAGACGAACAUUGUGAACAUGGUGGAGAUUGCAAAAGCUUUGGCUAGACCAGCUUCUUACACCACUAAGUAUUUCGGAUGCGAGCUUGGUGCACAAUCCAAGUUCGAUGAGAAGACUGGGACUUCCCUUGUUAAUGGAGCUCACGACACUGCCAAGCUGGCUGGGCUUCUCGAGAACUUCAUCAAGAAAUAUGUGCAGUGUUACGGGUGCGGAAACCCGGAAACUGAGAUCAUCAUUACCAAGACUGAGAUGAUCACCAUGAAAUGUGCUGCCUGUGGUUUUACUUCUGAUGUUGAUAUGAGGGACAAGCUGACAACUUUCAUAUUGAAGAAUCCACCGGAGCAGAAGAAGGGGUCCAAGGACAAGAAAGCAAUGAGGAGAGCAGAGAAGGAGCGUCUUAAGGAAGGGGAGGCUGCUGACGAAGAAAUGAAGAAGCUGAAGAAAGAUUCUAGAAAGAAGACGGGUGCUUUGUCCAAGGACGCUUCUUCUAAGGCUGCUACUGGGAAGAAGAAAGCCAACGGUAGUUCUAAGAAAGCCAAUGGUAGUUCUGAUGAGGAUCACUCUAACUCACCUGCUGGCAGCCAGAAUGAAGAUCGUAAUGUGGCAGAUGACGAUGACGAUGAUGACGAUGUCCAGUGGCAGACUGACACCUCAUUGGAGGCUGCUCGCCAGCGCAUUCAAGAGCAGCUCAGUGCCGUGACUGCUGAGAUGGUGAUGCUCUCAACUACAGAAGCAGAGAAGGAGAAGAAGACCGCACCAAAGGAAAAUGGAAACAAGGCAGCAGCAGGGGCAAAACCCACUCCUGAGCAAAACAGCUACGAAACCCUUGUUUCGGAGAUCAAGAGUAGACUGAGUAAAAGUUCGACGCCAAGCCAGCUCCAGUCUUUCCUCGGCUCUGCAGCAGGAACCCCACAAGAGAUUAUGUCAGCGCUAUUCGAAGCUCUUUUUGGAGGCCUUGGGAAAGGCUUUGCAAAGGAAGUGGGCAAGAAGAAGAAUUACCUGUCGGCUGCUGUUCAGGAUGAAGGGUCCCAGAUGCUUCUACUACGAGCUGUGGAGUCUUUCUGUGGGAAGGCAAGUGGAGAUGCGGUGAAGGAGGUUGCGAUUGCUCUCAAGGUUCUGUAUGAUGCUGAUCUGCUGGAGGAAGAGGUUAUAGUUCAGUGGUAUGAAGAGGGCUCGGGAGGAGACAGCCAGAAUGCGGAGUCUGAAUCUGAAGAGGAGUGA